ACGCAUUUCAACAACGUAAUAUUAUAAAAAAAGUAAAAAUAUAGAAAGUACUACGACUAUAAAAUCUAUUAAUUAGGAGGACUAAAUUUUUGGAGUCAUUGCUACGGAAAGAAUCUACCACAGACAAAGAAGAAACGCUUGUGCUUGUUAACAAUAUACACAAAUGGGGCAAUCAGGAUCCUUACCGAGUCGGGAGAAUAAUAGAGAAGCAUUGAGGGGAAGACCUCAAGAAAUAGAAGAAAAUGUCGAAAAUGAGAGAGUAUAUAAUCCACGAUCCCGGAAUUUAUGGGAUCGAUUGUCUUCAGUGACUAAUAUGUUGGGCUGGAGCCGAGAAAAGCGUCGUCCAAAUUUGAGAGAUGAACGAAGAACUACUGCAUCUGCUGUUGAGAAUAUUCCCGAAAGAAAUCCACCAUGGAACAACUUGGCGAGUGGGCGUCGUCAAAGGCGUCCAUCGAUUCGGUCUUUAAGUCCUAGAUCUGCCCCAGGUUUGGUGCGAAUGAGGGAAAGUUUAGAGCCGAAUUUACAAGAUGAGGAUCCUUCCCGAUUAUCGGCUUUUCAAUUAGCUCAAAGGGAGUUUGAGCGUGCAGAGAGACAAUUCCGUUCGAGUAUAGCGGCUUUACACGGCUUUAGUCUGAAUCAGACCAAUCAAAAUGCAAGAGAAGAAGAGUCUACUUCUAUGAAUGUUGACCAAAAUGUUGCGGCUUUAGGUAACGCAGUAAACAGCCAUGAUGAGAAUUCAACCCAUUCCCCUCGUAAUGCAGAACCAAGUGAACGAUCUCAUACGCAUAUUGAUGAUAUUAAUAUGGAAAACUAUACUAGAAGUGUUAUGAAUUACCUCAAUAUGCAUGAAAAUCAGCCAGAACGAGCACCUGCACAGAAUGACGGUCAGUUAGCUAUGCUUUCAAGGUUCAUAUUUUCAGUGGCAUCUGGUUGGGUGACAGUCUUAAUGAACUCUUCAACUGCUCAUAGAGAAAAUCCUUUGCAGACGCCAGUGUCUUCAGGGGAAAGAUUGAAUUCUGGAAAUGAAACGUUUGAAGAGUUUCUUACUCUAUUGCGUUCUGGUGAAUUGAUCGAAGCUAUGCGCCCUGAGAACAAUACACAUCAUGAAGAAAUAGAUGAAGAUGUAUCUUCGAUUAAUUUGUUUCGAACGUUUCGAUUCGAUUCACUCCAUAGAAACCACGAAGGUCAAGUAGUCAUCCCGAUCAUCAUUGUUGGAAUACGUAGUUUACGGCCGAACACAAAUGAGGAAGACGAUGUUCAAAAUCAAGAAACGCAAAACCUGAUGCAUCCAUCUGAUUUCCUAUCUUCUAUGGCUAACGAUUCUCAGAAUAUGUCAUCAUCGUCAGACCAAUCCAAUGAAUUUGAGAAUUUAAGGACGGAACAGGAAAAUGCAGGUCAGGAACGCGUGCCGGCGAACCAGCCAGAUCUUUCGAAUCAACAGGGUGCACCUAUUUCAUCUUUGGAUGAUUCCGAUAACCAUAGUCAUAUCUCUGCGGAGCAUACACAGCCGAGAAGCUGGGCGAUUUAUGUCCGUGAGGCUUUUCUUCCUGAAAAUCAUCCCGUUCUACGUGCUCCAUCGUUGUUUACGGAUUCACCUACUUACGAGGAUAUGCUGCUUUUGAAUUCGAUUAUUGGAACUGUAAAGCCACCCGUUGCUUUGCAGAAAGACGUUGAUCGAGCCGGUGGAAUUUUUUCGAUCGUUGAGCCGGAUGACAGAUGUUUGGUUUGUUUAUCUGAUUACGAGCAGGGAGAUGAAUGUCGUCGUUUAUUGAGUUGCAGCCAUUUUUUUCAUCGGGAGUGCAUUGACAAAUGGUUACUUUCGAGCCAGAACUCUUGUCCGCUGUGUCGCGCCAAGGGUGUUGCAUCCGAAACUAUUGCCUUUUAAUUGCUAUGGAUGAUUUUCGAUGGAGGGAUUUGAAAUAUAAAAAUUGCAAGUAGAAGUGAUGCUUGAUGUUUGUAUAAUAUUAUAAUGACUUGUUGAAAAAUAAUACAUAAUAAAAAAAGAAACGAAUAUACUUCGGAUUGUCUGUCUUUAUUUUAAUUUUAU